CCGCCUCUUUAUUGUAUCUAGGGGCCGCCCUAUUUGGUGACAAGGUUCUUCGUUGUUGACCAAAACUAGUCUGCUUGAUUUGCAUCUGCUUUCAUUCAUUUUUCUUUGAUCCAGUAUUCACUUCCCUUGCAAACCAACAGACAUGGCCGGGGCUAUAGUAGGAGGAGCAUUUCUCUCCGCUUCUAUCCAAGUUCUACUUGACCGAAUGGCUUCUCGCGAGGUCCUCACCUUCCUCCGGGGACAGAAACUCAGUGCUACGCUCCUAAGGAAGUUGAAGAUAAAAUUGCUGGCAGUUCAGGCAGUGCUCGAUGACGCUGAGGCCAAGCAAUUCACAAAAUCAGCUGUAAAAGAUUGGCUGGAUGACCUGAAAGAUGCUGUGUAUGAUGCAGAGGACCUGUUGGAUGAGAUAACCACCGAAGCUCUUCGCUGCAAAAUGGAGUCUGAUGCUCAAACCAGCGCAACUCAGGUAAGUGACAUCACCUCUGCCUCGCUUAAUCCGUUUGGUGAGGGGAUCGAGUCCAGGGUAGAGGAGAUCACUGACAAACUAGAGUAUCUUGCACAAGAAAAAGAUGUUCUGGGAUUGAAAGAAGGCGUUGGAGAAAAAUUGUCACAAAGAUGGCCCACGACUUCCUUGGUAGAUGAGUCUGGGGAGGUGUACGGAAGGGAAGGUAAUAUACAGGAGAUAGUUGAAUAUUUAUUGUCCCAUAAUGCAAGUGGGAAUAAGAUAAGUGUGAUCGCCCUGGUGGGUAUGGGCGGUAUUGGAAAGACCAUACUUACUCAACUGGUGUAUAAUGAUAGGAGGGUGGUGGAAUGUUUUGAUCUUAAAGCUUGGGUUUGUGUUUCCGAUGAAUUUGAUCUUGUCCGGAUAACGAAAACCAUUCUUAAGGCAAUCGAUUCUGGGGCUUCUGAAAAAUAUUCUGAUGAUAGUGAUUUGAAUCUGCUUCAACUUAAAGUGAAGGAGAGACUUAGUAAGAAGAAAUUCUUUCUUGUCCUUGAUGAUGUUUGGAAUGAAAACUAUACUAAUUGGCAUAUGCUACAAACUCCAUUCACCGUUGGUCUAAAUGGAAGUAAGAUUAUUGUAACUACACGUAGUGAUAAGGUUGCAUUGAUCAUGCGUUCAGUUCGUAUUCAUCAUUUGGGACAGUUAUCCUUUGAGGAUUGCUGGUCGCUAUUUGCAAAACAUGCAUUUGCAAAUGGAGAUUCUAGUCUACAUCCAGAACUAGAAGAAAUUGGCAAAGGGAUUGUAAAGAAGUGUAAAGGAUUGCCUUUGGCUGCAAAGACCCUAGGGGGUGCCUUAUACUCAGAGUUACGAGUAAAAGAAUGGGAAUUUGUAUUGAACAGCGAAACGUGGGAUUUACCGAAUGAUGAAAUUCUCCCCGCCUUAAGGUUAAGCUAUUCUUUUCUUCCUUCACAUUUAAAGCGGUGUUUUGCAUAUUGCUCAAUUUUUCCUAAGGACUAUGAAUUUGAAAAGGAAAAUUUGAUUCUAUUGUGGAUGGCAGAAGGCUUUUUGCAACAAUUUGAAAGCAAGAAAACAAUGGAAGAAGUAGGUGAUGGGUACUUUUGUGACCUAUUAUCAAGGUCAUUUUUUCAGAAGUCCAAUAGUCGGAAAUCAUAUUUUGUAAUGCAUGAUCUCAUUAACGACUUGGCUCAACUUGUUUCUGGAAAAUUUUGUGUUCAAUUGAAGGAUGGUAAUAUGAAUGGAAGUCUUGACAAGCUCCGCCAUUUAUCAUAUUUUAGAAGUGAAUAUGACCGGUUUGAGAGAUUUGAGACCCUGAAUGAAGUUAAUGGUCUUCGUACCUUCUUUCCUUUGAAUUUGAGAACUUGGCCUCGAUCGGACAAGGCUUCAAAAAAGAGAAAUCUAAAUGCUGCUAAGCAUAGCAAAGUGAAAGAGAUGCCAAGUCACAUGGGUCAAUUAAAAAGUUUACAAAAAUUGAGUAACUACAUAGUGGGCAAGCAAAGUGGGACAAGGGUUGGAGAGUUGAAGGAGCUUUCGCACAUUGGUGGCAGUCUUGUCAUUCAAGAGCUGCAGAAUGUGGUUCAUGCUAAGGAUGCCUCAGAGGCCAAUUUCGUAGCUAGGCAAGCAAUAUCUGGAUGA